UAUGGCGAGCCUUGUUUCCCUCACACUCACAUCUAUUCUAUUUGCUGCUGCCUACCUUAAAGUGUCAAAAUGGCGGGCCAACUACCAGCUAGCACUGACAGCCGGGUUCCCAACCUUCUACUCACCAGUGCACAUCACCGAUAUGUGGUGGCUUAUGCUAUAUCCUGUUCUCGUACGCUGGGUGAACCUCCUUCCCCGCAGUUGGCAGGCUCGGUGGCUCCCGCUGUCUCAGGUCUGGAGUAUUUGGAAGGUUGGACACCUACCCUUCAAAGAAGUGAGCAGCGACACUUUGUUCCUCGCGACGCCGAACGGCAACAUGCUCUGGACGUGCGAUCUCGCUGUAAUCAAACAGCUUUUCACGCUUCCCACUGUUCAGGUUCCAGUGGACAUGCUUGGGUUUUACGAUAUUUGGGGCCCUACCCUUGGCUCCGUCGAUGGCGAAGAGUGGAAGACGCACCGCAAGGUCGUGACUUACGGCCUGAACCCAUCGACGUUGCCCGUCGUGUGGAGCGAGGCCAUUCACCAAACAGAGACUCUAGUUGAACGAUGGGCCGCCGACCAAUACAUAAUUCCGGUUCUCAAGCACUGGACCUCUCGGCUGGCUCUACACACAAUCGCGAGUGUUUUCUUCGACUUGAAGCUCGAGUGGAAGGAGUAUAGCCAGACCGAUCGGGUAUCUGCAGAUGGCUACCGCAUCAGCUUCGCUAGCGCUUUGUUUACGGUCCUCGCUCAUUUGGGUCUAAUCUUUAUGGUUCCGCGAGCUCUCCUUCGCGUGAUUCCUUUCCAAGCAUUCCGAGAGACGUCUAUCGCCCUUACGGACUGGACAAAGUACAUGCAAGACCUACGUGCAAAGGCGACUAAUAAUAUCGAAGAGGUGGCUAAGAAGCGUAAUAAGACGAUCCUAGAGUCCAUUGUGGUCGCCGGAACUCCAAGUCCAUCCCGUCCAGACAUUCGUCCUCUCUCCGAAGAAAGCGUCUUGGGCAACAUAUUCUUCACGCUUAUGGCCGGGCACGAGACCACGGGAAACACGUUGGCCUUCGCUCUUCUCCUGCUCUCAGUCUAUCCCGAACAUCAAGUUGCUAUUCAGCGUGAGCUCGAUAGCCAGUUCGGGUCUCGACCUAAAGAAGAAUGGAACAUGGACCACGACUAUCAAGUGCUGCAGAAAGGCCAUCUGUGGGCCGUGCUCAAAGAGGUCCUACGUCUCUAUAAUGUUAUUCAGUUUAUUUUCCGCUUGACGGUAGCUCAAACCACCAUUCACGACUCGAAGGGCACUGCACAUAUCAUCCCUGCGAACACCACCUGCCUCUUGAACUACUCGGCCCUUUUCCAGAACCCAAAGACAUGGGCGCCUAACCCUGUCACCGACGACAGACGGGCUGAGCUUCAUCAUUCUCAAGCUAUCGACUUCAACCCCUCGCGCUGGCUUAGCCGUAACAAUGACGACGAGGUCUUUUGGCCGUUCGGUUACGGGUCGCGCAAGUGUCCGGGGAUGCCGUUCGCACAGGUGGAGAUAGUGGCCGUUCUGGCAACACUUCUGAAGGAUUAUUCCCUGGAGCUGGUUGUCGGUGAGGGGACACUGAGAGCAUGCAAGGGAGAUGCGAAAGCGGCGUGGGAGAAGACGAGAGAUGGGGCGGUCAGGCAGCUGAAAGAUGAUAUUGAAGCAAACAUUAAUAUCCAGAUGUUGAAGGAGUUGCCAGUUCGUCUGGUUAAGAGAGGUGGGAGCUGAGUAGCUGCCCUUCGGUAAACGUAAGUGAGAAUCUCUGUGAAACUUUGCGCUUGAGUAAACAUUGUUAUCCACGAAGAGCUAGAGUCUUGUUUUCUAUGAUGGAAAGGGUUCUGGUCACGGUUCGGGGCUUUUCUUCGUCUGGCAUACUAAGUGGCAUGGAGAUGAAGAAUGCCGUUCGCCUAGCAGCGUUUAAGGCUAUCUAUCGCAC